UCAGCUGUAUCCAAUCACAGCUGAUCACUGAUGAUCAGUGUGCCCUGAUGAUCUGUGUAGCCCCAGCAGCGCCACCUGUCAGUGUCCAUCAGUGUCAGCUCUCAGUGCUCAUCCAUGCCACCUGCCAGUGCCCAUCAGUGCCACAUUUCAGUGCCCAUCAUUGCCACAUAAUGCAACAUUUCAGUGCCCAUCAGUGCCACAUUUCAGUGCCCAUCAGUGCCACAUCAAUGUCACAUAUCAGUGCCCAUCUGAGCUGCCUUUCAAUGUCACCCAUCAAUGCCAGUCAGUGCCACCUAUCA